ACACAGUAUGCGCAUCAGGACACUGUAGGAGGAGGACCUGCAGAGAUCACAGUGCCGUAGUCAGUAAUAGCACCCGGCGGGCUGUCCACACACAGCCUGCAGGCUCCGCUCUCAGCACAUGAACCAUGACCGACAGUGCGGGGCGAAGCGGCUACAGGAUGGAGGAGAUAUACAUAUGAAAUUGCAGGAAUGGGCAGAAGGUGCAAUAAUGAUCGGAGGAGAUUUCAACGCCACCGAAGCACCUGAAAUAGACAGGACGGGAUAUAAAAAAACACUUCAUUUGCCUAAAGAAGAUCUUUCAAGGAAAUCGGUUUUGAAUGUGAAGAAAGCACGCACCCUAGCAACUACCAAGAGUAUUCAAGAGCGAUCUAGGAGUAUCUUGCGAGACACAUUUAGGACAGGAACCAGCAGCUACAACAUUUUGCUUCAAAGUAAAGAAGAGCAACAACAGUCUCAAAAAGAGUCUUUUUUGGAUACAAAUAAAGAGCAGAGGGAGGGGAGCAAGAUGUUAUGUACAUCACGCAGGAAUACCUUGUUUUGUGCAAAAAGGAGCACGUCAAGUUUUAACUCCAAAACUAGAGAAGCUCGUGCAGAUUAUCCUCAGUGUAUAUCUGUGGCAGGAAACAGCAUAGGAUUCACACACCGGCCUAAAAUCAAGGUCCUAAGAAAACAUGACUUGCCUAGUCCAGCUACAGGAAAGGAGCCUGAUGUCUCAAAAGCACAAGUAAAAGAAGAUGCUUCAGGGAAAAAAAAUUGUAUUUUAAAUGCUGUAAAGCCCAUAAAUGUUGAGAAAGAAAAAAUUAAGUUUUUCAAGUCAGCAUUUAGGUACAACCCUCAGUUUGAAUAUGCCAAUCCUGCACUGCCAAACGUCCUAGCAAGACACAGCAUUGCCUCCGACAGGUUUCUUAAACAGGCAAUUGGUAUCAUGCUGAGGACACUUGAGAAAUAUGGCAACUAUGAGAAGUUUGAACAAGCAACAGGAGGUAGUCUGCUGCCAAAAAGUCGAAUAUGGCACCAAGUUCGAAAAUACAUGGAGAAAGAAGGUUGUCUGGGUGAGAUUGUUGUUCACCUUACAGAUGAUUUACUUUCACGUGCCUCUAUGACUGUGGUGAAUGGCCGACCCACAAUGACCAUCAAUAUUUCCACUGCACGAGAACAGUGGCUUGAAGGGAUGCUUAGACAUGAAAUAGGAACGCAUUAUUUUCGUGGAAUGAACAAUAACCAACAGCCAUGGAAUAACAGCAAUGGGCGUAAAAAAUAUGGCCUAAAACCAGUCAACCCAACAGAAGAAGGCCUGGCCAGCAUACACAGUGUUUUGUUUCGCAAAGACCCUUUGUUGUGGAGAGCCGCACUUCUAUAUUACACUGUCUACCAAGCCAGCAACAUGUCAUUCAGUGAACUGUUCCAGAAUGUGGGUCAGUUUGUCAAAGACCCAAAUACAAGGUGGGAUUACUGUGUACGAGCAAAGAGAGGCUGUACUGACACGUCCCAGCCAGGUUGCUUCAGUAAGGAUCAAGUAUACCUUGAUGGGAUUCUGCGUAUUCUAAGGCACAGAGAAACCAUAGAUUUCUGCCUGCUAACAUGCAUGGGAAAGGUUUCUUAUGAGGAUAUAGAUCGUUUGAAGGACCUUGCCGUUCUUCACAAUGCCCGAAUUCCUCAGUUCCUCAAAGAUAGAGGUCGAUACAUGGAAUAUCUGAAAAAGAUCAUGGAGGUGAAUGGACUGACAGAUGAAGAGCUGAGAAUGCUAAUAGUGUGAACUGUACAGAGUUACUAUUCUCUACACUGCAGGCCAAGAAAGAGAACAAAUUGCAAUCCUGUUUUUUCUUUUAAUUUAUCUUUAUUUUAGGUAGCACAUUCAAAUGAAUAUUGCAAUAAUUCAAUAAUAGAAUAGAAUCUAUAUUACAUAUUAAAAAAACCCAUUAAGAAUUAAACACAAAUCAUAUCAAAUAUUUGUUGUCUGUAUUUUGUUAGUUCUGCUGUGGAACUUGCUGAGCAGAGUAUAAUAAACCUUAAAAAAUAAACUAUGCUGUUGGGAAAAAA